AUGUGUUUUACCCGCACCCUGUUGGAAGUGCGAGCCACAGCUGCAGCUGGGGAAAGCGCGACGGCUCUUCAAUUCAGCCUGCAGCCGCGUCGCUGUUAUUUCCGACAGGGCUUCGACCGUGACUCCGCAACCAGAAGAGACAUCGGGUCCAGUUGUACAGUUCUCCAAACCAGGCUACGACCACCAACUCUCUCGUGU